CUCUAAAAAAAAUUAUAUAAGCAUCUGCAAAUAAAGCAAAAAUACGGUUUCGGAGGUACGAGGUUACCUUACCUCUGCCAUGAAUCACGGCGGCGAAACAUUGGACUUCCGAAACCUUAAAAUUUUAUCCGCCGUCGGUCGUGGCGCAAAGGGUGUCGUGUUUCUUUCAAGAACCUACGGAUCAUCGAAAGAAGAAUGGUUGGCAUUGAAAGUGAUAUCUAAAGAGCUUCUUUUGAGGAAAAAUAAUGGAAAGAAUGGUGAAUGCAAAAGGGUGAAAUUUGAACAACAAAUACUACGUCGUUUUGAUCAUCCUCUCUUGCCUAGGUUUAAAGGAGCUUUUCAAACUGAAAAGCUUAUUGGAUUUGCUAUUGAUUAUUGUCAUGGUGGGAAUUUGCAUUCUCUUAGAAAGAAACAACCGGAGAAAAAAUUCUCUGAAGAAACCAUCAGGUUUUAUGCAGUGGAAUUGGUGUUAGCAUUGGAGUAUCUACACAAUUUAGGAGUAGUUUAUAGAGAUUUGAAGCCGGAGAAUAUCAUGAUUCAACAAACGGGUCACAUAAUGAUCGUAGAUUUCGACCUAUCAAAGAAACUAAAUCCAAAAUCACCAAACUCGCUGAGUUCCAACUCGUCACCAGGUUCGAACUCACCACCAGAUACAAAAAUCAGAAGGAAGAGAUGGUUAUCGAAGUUCUAUUCUUGUAAUUCCUAUGUUGGUAAACCGAAAUUCGAAUCAUUGAGUCAAAUCGAUAUCAACUCGGUUUGUAAAAGGAGUGAGUCGGACUCAGUUGAAAAGUCAAACUCAUUCGUGGGAACUGAGGAUUAUGUGGCACCUGAAGUUAUAUUAGGGAAUGGACAUAAUUUUGGUGUUGAUUGGUGGUCAUAUGGCGUCGUAUUGUAUGAGUUGCUUUAUGGAACAACGCCGUUUAGUAGUCCAAAUAGGAAAGAAACGUUUCACAAGAUUUUAACAAUGGAGGUUGAACAAAAGGGUGAAUCAACACCGUUGAAGGAUUUGAUUGCAAAGUUGCUUGAAAGAGAUCCUGAUCGUAGGAUUGAAGUUGAUGAAAUAAAGGGUCAUGAUUUCUUUAAAGGUGUGAAGUGGAAUACGGUGUUGCAUAUUGUGCGUCCACCGUAUAUUCCACAGAACGAAGUUGAAGACAAAGCUGGGUUUUCGAGAAAAGAUGUUGAGUCCUUUGUACAUGGGAUAUUUUUCCCAAAGAAUAAAAAUAAGAGUGAGAAAGAGAAAAAUAAUGAGGUGAAAAAAGAAGGGAAUGAGAAGGAGAAGAAAGAGAAUGAUAAUAAUAAGAAUGUGUGGGUUGAGAAGUUGAGUCAGACUCAAACUAAGGAUGAAAAUUUUUUGAUUUUUUGAUUUGGUGGUGUAUUGGUUCACGUUUGUUGAAUAUAUUUAGCUUAUUCUCCAUUUUAAA